UCUAUAGACACACACUGACACGCACAAAGACAUAGAUACGGCAUUUACAUAAAGCACGCCUUUUAACUCUUCGUCUCCAAGCAAUUGCAAUGCUUUAAUGGAUCCUGACGUCAACAUUUCUCUUCCCAUUUCCAGAGCAAUUGCUCUCCGGCGCAGUUGAAAUCGACAGUAUGUCCGGCAAUAAGUGUAACGGCAGCUCACAAGUUCCCACCACCCGAGUAGGAAGGCUCUUGCGAGAGAGGCUCAAAAAGAUCAACAAUGAUGGCAUUUCUGAGAUGGAUUCAUCAGAUGGCAAUGUGGAGCAGUCUUACGACACUUCUUUCGUCGACAAACCGCCUAAACAGAGGCUGCUUGUGGUUGCCAAUAGGCUUCCUGUCUCUGCAGUGAGGCACGGCGAGGAUUCGUGGUCGUUGGAGAUCAGCGCAGGCGGCCUAGUUAGCGCUCUUUUGGGGGUGAAGGAGUUCGAGGCAAGAUGGAUUGGUUGGGCCGGUGUUAAUGUGCCAGACGAGGUUGGUAAGAAGGCACUCACUGCAGCUCUUGCUCACAAGAAGUGUAUUCCUGUAUUCCUUGAUGAAGAGAUUGUCAAUCAGUAUUACAAUGGCUACUGCAACAAUAUACUGUGGCCUCUGUUCCACUAUCUCGGACUCCCACAAGAGGACCGUCUUGCAACCACGAGGAGUUUUCAGUCUCAGUUUGAAGCGUAUCAGAAGGCGAAUCAGAUGUUCGCGGAUGUUGUGAACAAUCACUAUGAGGAGGGUGAUGUUGUUUGGUGUCAUGACUACCACCUCAUGUUUCUGCCCAAAUAUCUCAAGGAAUAUAACAACAAGAUGAAAGUUGGAUGGUUUCUUCACACUCCAUUCCCAUCUUCUGAAAUCCACCGCACUUUGCCGUCCAGGUCUGAUCUGCUGCGUGCAGUUCUCAUGGCUGAUUUAGUCGGAUUCCAUACAUAUGAUUAUGCAAGACAUUUUGUGAGUGCUUGCACUCGUAUUCUCGGACUUGAAGGUACUCCUGAAGGUGUUGAGGAUCAAGGUAGACUUACUCGUGUAGCUGCGUUUCCGAUAGGGAUUGAUUCGGAAAGGUUCAUGCGGGCUCUAGAGCUUCCUAAAGUCCAGAAGCUCAUUAAAGAAUUCAAAGAGAGAUUUUCUGGAAGAAAGGUAAUGCUGGGUGUGGACCGUCUUGACAUGAUAAAAGGAAUCCCGCAAAAGAUACUAGCAUUUGAGAAAUUUCUGGAGGAAAACGAAUACUGGCAUGAUAAAGUGGUAUUGCUUCAGAUUGCUGUGCCAACAAGAACUGAUGUUCCUGAAUAUCAAAAACUUACGAGUCAAGUUCAUGAAAUUGUUGGACGAAUCAAUGGAAGAUUUGGAAGUUUGACUGCUGUUCCUAUUCAUCAUCUGGAUCGUUCUCUCGACUUUCAUGCACUGUGUGCAUUGUAUGCUAUCACCGACGUAGCACUUGUCACUUCUUUGCGCGAUGGAAUGAAUCUCGUCAGCUAUGAGUUUGUGGCAUGUCAAGAUUCAAAGAGGGGCGUCCUCAUCCUCAGCGAAUUUGCUGGAGCAGCACAGUCUCUUGGUGCUGGCGCAAUUCUUGUGAAUCCGUGGAACAUUACGGAAGUCGCUGCAGCGAUAGGACAGGCUUUGGAUAUGCCUGCUGAAGAACGAGAGAAACGCCAUAGGCAUAACUUUGAGCAUGUCACGACUCAUACUGCUCAGCAGUGGGCUGAAUUCUUUGUAAGUGAACUCAAUGAUACUGUUAUUGAAGCACAGCAGAGAAUAAGAAAAGUUCCUCCCCCUCUUGCAUGUAGCGAUGCGAUCGACCGUUACUUGCAGUCUAAUAAUCGAUUACUCAUACUGGGUUUCAAUGCUACGCUUACCGAGCUAGUCGACACACCUGGGAGAAGGGGAGAUCAGAUCAAAGAAAUGGAACUAAAGCUGCAUCCUGACUUGAAGGAGCCUCUGAAUAGGCUUUGCGAGGACGAUAAAACUAUAAUCGUGGUGCUUAGUGGAAGUGACAGAUCCGUCCUGGAAGACAACUUCUGUGAAUUCAAGAAUAUGUGGUUGGCAGCUGAAAAUGGGAUGUUCCUACGAUCACCGGCGGGAAACUGGAUGACGACGAUGCCAGAGCACUUGAAUAUGGAUUGGGUUGACAGUGUCAAGCAUGUGCUUGAGUACUUUACGGAAAGAACACCGAGAUCACAUUUUGAACGUCGGGAGACUUCGCUUGUGUGGAACUACAAGUAUUCAGAUUCUGAAUUCGGAAGACUGCAAGCUAGGGACAUGCUGCAGCACCUGUGGACGGGUCCAAUAUCCAACUCGUCAGUGGACGUUGUCCAAGGCAGCCGCUCGGUGGAGGUGCGAGCAGUUGGUGUGACAAAGGGAGCAGCCAUUGACCGUAUACUGGGAGAGAUUGUUCACAGCAAAGCCAUCUCCACUCCAAUAGACUUCGUCAUGUGCGUCGGCCAUUUCUUCGGAAAGGACGAAGAUGUGUACACAUUUUUCGAGCCAGAACUUCCACCUGACAACUUGGGACUAUCAAAAUGCAAGGUGAGCGAGGUAGCCAAGAGGCAACCUCCGAGCACCAACAGCAUCUCCAUGGCUCAUAGUAAGAGUAGCUCCAACGGCGACAAGAGAUCCGCGAGCAGCAGACGCCCGUCGCCAGAAAAUACUUGCUUGAAUGUGCUUGACCUCAAAAAGGACAACUACUUCUCGGUAGCUGUGGGGCGGCCACGCACCAACGCUCGCUAUCUUCUCAACACCUCUGACGACGUCGUAUCAUUCCUUAAGGGUUUGGCGGAUGCAACCAAAGUGUAGGCUAGUUGAUACGGGUAUCGAUACAAACGCACACACGGGAGCCAAAGAUGUACGGAACCAAGUUACUGGAGGAUUACAUGUAGUGUGCAUAACUCUUCUUUAAUUUCCUUAUCACAGUGUUAUAUUUUUCAUUUUUCUA